GAUGGACCUAGCGUGGACGGGAUGUGAGACGGUCAGAGAACAGGCUGGCCGUGACGUCACCAGUCUUCCUGAAAGUCAACAACCUUAUCGGCGGUGUGAGAGGAGAGGAGGCUCGGCGACGGCUGGCAGGGGGUGAGGCACCAUCGCGCUUUGCUUUGGCUGAGUCACUGCUGAAGAGUGGGAAGGUCUGAAGAGUGUGAGAGAGAAGCGCCAGAAGGAGGGGGAUAGCCUGCUCCAUAACAGCUUCCACAGAGAAAGAGAGAGAGAGAGAGACGACAAGCAAAGCGACACAGAGAGAAAGAGAGAGAGAGAGAGAGGGAGAGCACCAGGCAGAGAGGGAGUGAGACGCUGACCCCUCCUCUCCCCUCUUCCUCUCCUCUCCUUCUCCCCCCCCUCCCUCCUCACUCGUUCUGGAGCUGGCGUGUUGGAGUGGAGAGCACACCGUGACGGAGGCAUCAUGAGCGAUGUCACCAUCGUCAAAGAAGGCUGGGUGCAAAAGAGGGGUGAAUAUAUCAAGAAUUGGAGACCACGCUACUUUCUACUAAAAACCGAUGGAUCCUUCAUUGGGUACAAGGAGAAGCCACAGGAUGCAGACCUCCCGUACCCCCUCAAUAACUUCUCUGUUGCUAAAUGCCAGCUGAUGAAAACCGAACGGCCAAAGCCCAACACCUUCAUUAUCAGAUGUCUACAGUGGACCACAGUUAUCGAAAGGACCUUCCAUGUGGACACUCCAGAGGAAAGGGAUGAGUGGACAGAAGCGAUCCAGAUGGUGGCUGAUAAACUCCAAAGCCAGGAAGAGGAGCGCAUCCAGUGCAGUCCCACCUCACAGAUAGACAACAUCGGCGAGGAAGAGAUGGACAUCUCCAUCAGUCACCACAAACGCAAGACAAUGAAUGACUUUGACUAUUUAAAACUACUGGGAAAAGGCACUUUUGGUAAAGUCAUUCUCGUAAGGGAGAAGGCCAGUGGGAAGUACUACGCUAUGAAGAUUUUGAAAAAAGAAGUUAUUAUUGCAAAGGACGAAGUGGCUCACACGCUCACCGAGAGCCGAGUGCUGAAAAACACCCGACACCCCUUCUUAACUUCUUUGAAGUACUCAUUCCAGACAAAAGACCGCCUCUGCUUCGUGAUGGAGUACGUCAACGGAGGAGAGCUGUUUUUCCAUUUGUCGAGAGAACGGGUGUUCUCAGAGGACCGCACGCGCUUCUACGGCGCCGAGAUUGUCUCUGCCCUCGACUACCUGCACUCCACCAAGAUAGUGUACCGGGAUCUCAAGUUGGAGAAUCUCAUGCUUGAUAAAGAUGGCCACAUUAAAAUCACAGACUUCGGUCUGUGUAAAGAAGGAAUCACUGAUGCUGCUACUAUGAAGACGUUCUGCGGAACACCAGAGUACCUGGCACCCGAGGUGCUGGAGGAUAAUGAUUAUGGCCGUGCAGUAGACUGGUGGGGUUUGGGUGUGGUGAUGUAUGAGAUGAUGUGUGGCAGGCUACCCUUCUACAAUCAGGACCACGAGAAGCUUUUCGAGCUCAUCCUUAUGGAGGACAUCAAGUUCCCCAGGACGCUGUCGGCCGAUGCCAAGUCUCUGCUGUCGGGCCUGCUCAUCAAAGACCCGAACAAGAGACUUGGCGGAGGUCCAGACGAUGCUAAAGAAAUAAUGCGACACAGUUUCUUUGCUGCGGUCGACUGGCAAGAUGUUUAUGAUAAAAAGCUCAUACCUCCCUUCAAGCCUCAGGUGUCGUCAGAGACGGAUACCAGAUAUUUUGACGAGGAGUUCACGGCACAGACGAUUACAAUAACUCCCCCUGAAAAAUUUGAUGAAGAUGGGAUGGACUGCAUGGAUAACGAGCGGCGGCCGCAUUUCCCUCAGUUCUCCUACUCGGCCAGUGGGAGAGAGUGAGCUCCACACAGCCAGCACUGCCUCAUAAUCAUCAUCAUCAUCGUCAUCAUCAUCAUCAUCAUCACGCUUACCACUGGAACAGACUAGUCCUACAGCUUUUACCCAGUCAGACUUAGCCCAAACAAUGCUCCCCUUCUCCACUGGGACUCUACACUCAUCAUGCUCUACACAGGCCAAGAGCUCCAGGACACGCUUGGCUUUUAAUGGUAACAGGAAUUUUGCACGUCGGGCUGAGCUGAAGUCCAGUCCGCUUAAACGCCCCAGGCUGCUGGGGAGAAGAACUUUGUUUGUUUGUUUGUUUGUUUACUUUUUGUGUGUUUAGUUUCUGUGUGAUUGUGUGUGUGGUUAUUUUUCUGCAUUGAGAUGCUUAAACAUGUUCACAUGCCUCCUUCAUUGGGCGCAAAAGCACUGAAGCUGCAGAGCACCUUUCUAUCUAGGGUCCAUCACUGUGUGGCUUGAGAUUCACACACACUUAAGCGCUGCGGUCUGAUACGAAGCGUGAGGUCUGAUACGAAGUACAACCGAAUGCCUCUCUUCUUUUUUUCUUUUUGUCCAAAACUGCCAUAACAGUAUACUCAGGCUGCACAGGUGUUGAGUUAACAGUAAACAAGCUUCACUAAUAGUCACUCACUUUAUCCUAGUUAGGCCACUCGCACCACUGGCACUCGCACCAAUCGCGCUAGCAUACAAAAUCAGCACUGCGACACACAAUGUCUGUGUUUAUGGCAGUGAAAUGUGUGUCAGGAUCUGCUGUGUUCAGAUGCUCAGCUAGCAUUUCUCUCUCACUGUGGCACUGCAGUACUUUCCUUUCUUUUACUUAGUCAGCAAACGGGUCGAGAGAAGAAACACAACAGUGAUCAGGGGACGGGGAUAAGAAACGGGAAGUGUUUGUGUGUUGGGGGGGGGGUGCAUUCUUUCUGUUUAUGAUGUUCUGAACUGAACAGUCCUGUGAAUCUGAGCCAUACAGCACUGUACCUCCUGAUACUUUAGGUACGUUUGGCUCAGAAAAGCCUCGAGUCACGACAACAAUCUGAUCCAGCCUGUAUGGUGUUGACCGCUUUCUGAAUGUUAGCUCGCAGCUCAUUACUGUUUCUGUCAUUCCAUUCCUCCUGAUGGUGAAAUGACUGAUUAGAAGGAGUAAGAGUGGAGCGAUCGUCAGUUAUUCACGGUACGUUCACUACAGCAGUUCUGAUAUGAACAAGCUCCGAUUUUCCCUUCCACUUAAUAUAAACUACAAACCUAGUGCAGUUUGCUGUAAUCACUCAAGCUCACAUCACCUGAUCGGAGUGCAUAGGCACUGGAUUCAUGUAUCAGGUUAGGGAAUGUAGUUAAAUAAAAUGAUUCUAUUUAUUUGUUCAGAUCUGUCCUACUUAUAUAACGUGUGCUGUCUAAAACGCACCUAAAAUGGCUUUAGAAUGUAAAUUUUGUUUUUGUAUUUAAGUUUCUUUGUUCUUUAGUUACGGUGAAGAGGACAUCUUCAGGAGCCUCUUCACAUCUUGAGCAUUGCUUCUUCUUUUUUUUGCACAGAGCCUUUCUGUGGUGAAGUGCUGCAUAACCUGGUGACCACAAAAACCACUGCAGAAGAUAAAGAACAUGGCGCGAGCACUGAGCAGUGACACUCGGAAAGCUUUCGCCCCCCCCCACAUGGCCAGUACACUAGCUCUCAUCUCCUGGAGGUUAAAUAAGCAGUGAGAUUGGGAAGGUUAUCAGAGCAGGUUUCAGGCUGUGCUUCAUAUAUUUCGAGUCCUGAAGCUACUUCACGCACACGGUCCUGCUAUAUUUCUCAGCCGGAAGAUGGGUGAAGCAGCCGAGCGGUGUAGAGCGAGUCCGUGAAGAGCUGAGCGAGAGGAGAUGAUGUGAGUUAUGAGCAGCAGUUAUGAGCCUGAUGUUCAGUUUGGUGAGAAGAUGUCAGUACGUGUGAGUAAUCACGCCCGGAUCACGGCGUGUGCAUGUGAUAGACGUCGGAGAGGAAUAACUUCAACGGAAGAAUCAGACCAAAUCUAAAUGUUUUGUGUCUUUAUACUGAAUGUUUAAAACGGAUACUACACUCCCUGAUCCUUAAUAGCUUAACAGUGUUUCCUGUCAGCGUCUCCUUUUUAUUUCAAGAGACCAUGGUGUUACGUUUUCCGGUGAGUCUUAGGGUUUAACUGACGCAUCAUAAGAAUGUCAGAUGGAUCAGGUAACACAUAUAACAUGAGGUGCGGCAAAGUCAGAGUUAGUGUCUGUGUCGAGUUCCUCAGAGUUCACAGCUUUCUUCCCGUCCUUUAAACAUGCCAGUAGGCGGACUGACUGCUCUAAAUUGCCCCUAGGUGUGAACGAGUGUGUGAAUGUGUGUGUGUGCGCACAGUGCCCUUGUAUUGGACUGGCGUUCCAUCCAGCCUCACACCCGGUGCUGUAGCUCCAGGUUAGCCGUGACGCUGAUCAGGAUUACUGAUUAUUAAUGAACAAACAUUUCACAUCGCAUUAAGAAGCCCAGCAGUGUUUAAGUGUAAAGAGUUUGAAGUGAAUGAGGGGUUCGUGUGGAUGCACUGGUUAUGGUCUGGUAUGACGCUAAUGAUUAUGAGGAUGAUGGUGUAAGGGAUUAAAUAAUGUUUAUGAGGAAGAGGAUGUUGCUGUGACGGAUUUGACCGUCACGCCUCUGUAUGAGAAGCUUAAGACACGUCGAUGCAGGUGUGUGUGUGUGUGUGUGUCUCCGAGUUCAGAUGGACCGCUAUAGUGAUGUCACGUUUCUUUGACGGUGAGAGAAGGACAGAUGAAAUAAUCUGCUAAUAAUGGUAGCAUCUGCACUGAUAUCGAACAUGAACUAGUUGCCUUGUUUCCUCGCGGUGGUGAAAGUGUUCCUGCUCUCAGUUGACUGUGCUGAUUAAAUAAACUGGUGUGGAUGAGAAGCUGACAGGACUGUGCUACUGCAAACCACAAGAGCUUCUGUCUUCCAACCUUCUGCUUUCUUUUCACUGAUGAAGCUACUCAGUGUGAGGUGAACGGAGUAGACUCUUCACUUUUACUUUCAAUUAAUUUAUCAACUUGAAAAUCGUUCCGUUUUUUUUUUUUUUUCCCUGUCUGACGUCAGCGUGUGCUUGUUAGGUACGUUUUGAAAGUAAUAUCAAAUCUGAAAAUUGAAGCUUUCUUCUUUGUUAUAUUUUUGUGUGAUGCAGCUGUUUUUCAAUGUCCAGUUGGAUCACUUGUGUUAAGAAUGAAAUUGUGAUGCUGUUUGUCUAAGAAUGUGCUCGUGUGCAGAGACUCUGACUGUGAGAGAGAGACAGAGAGAGAGAGAGAGAGAAAGAGAGAGGGGUGUGUGAUGCUGUGUGUUGGUAUCUUGCAUGUAAGGGACCUGAGUGAUGAUCCAGUAAAAACUGCACUCUGCUGAAAAGGGCCUUUGGCACUACAGGCCAAAAAAACCACACCAUCCACUUUUUAAAAUUCCAUAGUCGCAAAACUUGGCUUUAAAUGAUGUAUAACAGCACUUUCAUGUCCAUUUCUCUUUUUCUAUAGUUCAGCUAAAAACAAAAUAAAGGUCCCUGCUUUAAGUAAAAAAAAAAAAAAUAAAAAAAAAAAAAAAAAAGGACUUGAAAGCACACAUUCCCUUCACACACUCCUGUUUUUUUUUUUUUUUUUUUUUUUUU